GCGCAUCCGUCAUGUCUCUGCUGUGUCUUCAUCAGUACAGCAGGUAGUGCUGUUGGUCCGUGUGGAGCGCAGGGCGCACGGCGCGACGCUGCCUCUCCGCACCGUCAAAUAGCCUUCUUUUUAUCGGACGGGCGACAGAUACCACAAGUCGAGCCCCCCCCCUGCAUGCUUCAUCAUGGCAACACUCUGACCUGAGCGGAUUAUAGCAUCGAUAGGAACGGAGCGGAGCUUCGUGUCAUCUCGAAACGCCAUGAGCACUGUUCACUUCUGAGAAAAUCUGGAGGCGCGUGGAGGUUCACCGCGCGGGGACAGAGCAGAUUACUGCGCGCCACGGACACUGUCCGAGCUAAUGGGAUCGACCAAACUAGCUGUACUUGUCUGCAGAUGAAAGCUUCUGCGGUCCAUGUUUGGCUGAGUUGUCGUGGAAAGAAACCAGCAAGCACGCGCCUGACAAAUCCUCUGCUCAGUCAGGUCCGGGGAACUGCAGCACCAGCCGCUCUUCUGGAGCACCAUCCCGACGCACUCUGGGGAUGGUGAGUCACACCCUGUGUCUCCAGGAUCAUCUCAGUGAAUAGCCAGUUACAAAAAAGCUGAAGGAUUUCAGUUCAGCUGGUAAAUAAAGCUCUCUUCCUUCCGCGCAGCGUGGGAGAAAGUGCCACUGCAGUGCUGGUGUGACAUCUCUGUAAAGGCUGAUAAGUGGAGUGAAAGCAGCGUUGAGCGAUCAUCUUUCAUCCUGAGCUGCUCACCUUUCACGCUGUGGCCCCACAGCCAGCCGUGAGAGUUGGACUGUCAGUGGGAAUGCACUCUCGCUGCCAUGUGGACGGAGGAGCAGCAAGCAUCCAUGCUAACCCUCUUCUUUUUGACUCACACUUGAGCUUCAUGUGAUUGUUUAGCUCAUCACCUUCAAUUAAAACCGUUGGGCUGUUUUUUCUUUUUUUUGUUGAGAUUUUUGUUGUUUUUUUUGUGUGUCCAGUGGGCCAGUUUUGGGGGCAAAACGAGAGCCCUUUUUGAUUCUCCUCCUUUAUGAGUUGUCAUCACUGGCAUGGGCCAUGGCCAAGCCUCUCCUGAAGAUCCAGCGCUACUUCCGCAGGAAACCUGUCCGAUUUUUCUCCCUCAUCCUCCUCUACCUGACAGCCGGGAGCCUCGUCUUCCUCCACUCCGGCAUCAUCGGGGACAACUUUCCUGGUACAAGAGGAAGCCGGGACUCUGUUGUAGCCUCAGAGUUGGGCGGCCGGACCUCAUCAGACAUCCGCGGCCUCGGCAUCAUGAGCAGAGUGACACGCAGACCUGCAAGACGGUUCGGUCCGCGUUGGGCGAGGAAGAGUGGACAUGAGGAAAGUAUGCGCAGAGGGGGAGACUACACCAGCAGCUGGAAUCGGGCACUGAAAGGACGAAAUGCCAAAGACAUGGAAGAUGGAAGAGCAAAGUACAUUGGCUGCUACAUUGACAACACUCAGAAAAGAGCGCUGAGAGGAGUUUCUUUUUUUGACUACAAAAAAAUGACUGUAUUUCGUUGCCAGGACAACUGUGCUGAAAGAGGAUACAUGUAUGCAGGCCUGGAGUUUGGAGCAGAGUGCUACUGUGGCCACAAGAUUCAGGCAUCCAACGUCUCUGACAGCGAAUGCAGCAUGCAGUGUAAGGGAGAGAAGAGCAACGUGUGCGGAGGAGCCAACAGACUGUCCAUCUAUAGGCUGGAGCUGAGCCAGGAGUCAGCCCGCCGCUAUGGCAGUGCCAUUUUCAAAGGGUGCUUCCGCCGGCCAGAAAACGUCACGAUGGCUCUCCCCUUCAGUGCCGUCAUCCAAAACAUGUCCGUGGACAAGUGCGUGGACAUGUGCACGGAGAGGGAGAAAUCACUGGCAGUUCUGGGCAGGGACCGGUGUUACUGUGGCUUCCCGACUCCUCUGUUCUCCCUUCAUGACCUCGAGGAUGAAGAUAUGUGUCUCCAUCGAUGUCCAGGCGAGGAGUUUGAAAGCUGUUGGAAUGACCAGUUCUUUGUUGUGUACCAGACGCAGGUCCAAGAUAACCGCUGCAUGGACCGCCACUUUCUUCCAUCUCGUGCUAAACAGCAGAUCGCCCUCGCCAGUUUCCCAGGAGCUGGUAAUACCUGGGCUCGCCACCUCAUUGAGCUUGCCACUGGCGUCUACACGGGCAGCUAUUACUUUGAUGGCUCACUUUAUAACAAAGGUUUUAAAGGAGAACGCGAUCAUUGGCGGAGUGGCAGGACCAUUUGCAUUAAGACACAUGAGAGUGGCAAGAAGGAGAUAGAAGCCUUUGAUUCAAGCAUCCUCAUGAUUCGAAACCCAUACAAGGCCCUUAUGGCAGAAUUUAACCGCAAGUAUGGUGGGCAUAUUGGAUUUGCCUCCCAAGCUCACUGGAAAGGGAAAGAAUGGCCCGAGUUUGUCAAGAACUAUGCUCCUUGGUGGGCUUCCCACACAUUAGACUGGCUGACCUAUGGGAAGAAAGUUCACGUGGUCCAUUUCGAGGACCUAAAGAGGGACCUGUUCUCCCAGCUCAAGGGGAUGGUCCGCUUUCUGGGUUUAAAUGUUUCUGAGGACCGCCUGCUCUGUGUUGAGGGCCAAAAGGACGGAAACUUCAAGCGAUCUGGCCUACGUAAGCUUGAGUAUGACCCAUACACAACUGAGAUGCGAACGGCCAUCGACAAACUCAUCAGAACUGUAGAUGCCGCCUUGAAGAAAAGAAACAUGUCUGGAGUUCCAGCUGAAUAUAUGCCAAGAUGAUGAAGGGGAUACUUUAGUUUGAUUCUUUCUUUCAUUGAACCGUUUUUUUUAAUCAGACUCAGCCACUAUAUUUUGAAGGAUUUCAAUCUUGCAUAGUGUUUUCCAUAGUUUGAAGUUCUAGUAAGAGGGCAUCUGCCUCCUCUUUACCUUCUUUUUUCAGAGCGAACCUGGGGAAGUUUGUUCUUUUUUUUCUUCCUGAAUGAAAAGCACUUCUUACCCCUCUCUAUGCACAUGUGCUGUGUGGGAACGUGCACAGGCCUUAACACCAAGGAGAUACAACAGCUGUAACCACAGAAAGGCUCAAUGACCGCGCCAAGUCAUUUGUCGCCUUCAAAAAACAUUCAACACAAAAGACGUGUCAACUCUGUAAUGUGUUUCUUCAAGAUUAUUUCAUAACUUUUUUUUUUUUCUGCUGCUAUCACAGGUAAUGUAUUGUCUAUGAGAGGUUCUCUGAAGCUUAAUCUCUAAAUCUGAGGGGGAAAAUUGCAAUAUUUAGAGUUUAAUGUUGUUUUUCCAAGUUAUUUUUUAAGUUAUUCAGCUUUUUGUGGUGAAGCCUAUCAGGAAGUAAAAGUGGAAGAUAUUCCUGUUGAAUUUGCCAAUGUCGGGAAAGAAGAGAGUUAAGGUCUUCUGCGUGUUGUUCAUUGUUUUCUGCUGUACCAACGUGCACAUGGUGACUCACUUGAUUUCAUAUAUGUUGUCUUAACAUUGGAGUAAUGCAAAAAUCCAAAAAAAUAACACUUCACGGUGCAACACUGUCCCCAAAGAUUUUUAGAAAGCUAGGUGUUAAUUUCUCUUUUAAGUUGUCAAAUGCCUUUAGUUAAUAGUAUUUUUGUAGAUUUAUUUCACUUGUACCCAUUGUUCUGUUGGAAAAUUUUUAGAAUAAGUCAAAUUAAAACAGUUUGAUCAUUUUCUGCCUCACUAAAGAAAUGUCAGUGAUGGAUUAGGGGGAUAAAACAAAUUAUAGUAGCAUCAGUUUUAAAUAUUUCUUUUCAAAUAGUAAAUUUAAUUCAAUAAAAAGGAUUCUCUUUCUUGGGCUGUUUUUUCUAAGACCAGUGAAGAAUUAUGCAUUCGUAGCUACUGGAUGCAUUUUAUGCUACGUACACUCCUGUCAUGGGAUGCACGUUGAAGAAUGCCCUGAAUGUGCAGUUUUACCAAACCGUGUUCACGCUGGAUUGUUGCUUCCUGUUACAAGUGCAUGUUCUCACAGUUUGAAAAGGUUUGGUGCGAAAUGUCGAAGUGGUGCAAAUCUCGCAAAUCUUGCUCCAUGCUUUCUUUUACACAGCUCUAUACUUGAGUAUUCAGGUCACAAACGUAAUUUCUUAUUUCUCCUUCAUAAUAAAUUUUCAAACGGUUGGCACCUCUGUGAAUUAAAAAGGAUUUCAACAGGUUUAACUUAAAACGCGCGUUUUAUAUGUAGAGCCCGAAAACGGUUGUGGAAACUUGCAUAGUUUUGUGUUUUGAAUCCAAAGCCCCGAAACGCUCAUUUACGCUCGUUUACACAGACUUUUCAUUGGAAGUGGUCGCUUAAAUGUGCAUUGCCGAGGUCGGUGUGAACGUAGCAUUACACUGUAACCCCCCAAGCUCACUCUAGCUUUGAUCAAACUGUUUCAUUUCCAGAUAUCACCAUGUUUCUCAUGUUUAUUUCAGCAACAGACAGACUGUGGUAAACCCUUUAUUUUAUUUAUAGUCAUGUGUCAUAUUCUAUUGGUUGUUCAAACACUAGAGAAUAGUUCACUGAGGUGAUCUGAAUUACUUUGUAGACGGUUUAUAACUCUGUUUUGGGUUAGAUUUUUAUGUUUCAUUUUGGCUGUAGGAAAACCUCCAUCUUCUGCAUCGCUGCUUCAAGUUCUCAGCAGCUUCAAUAAUGAAUUCAUGCUUAAUGGAAAACAUUUUACUGAUGUCUGCACUUUGCCUUCAGGUGUUGCACUACAGGGGCAUUUACCACCUAUUAGGAACUCAUUAUUUCCAACCUCUUGGUAGAAAGAGAUUCUAACGCGUGUGAGAUUUGUUCACUUAGGAUAAAAAGUCCUCCUGAAAUACUCAUGGACAUUUUAAAACCUUAAAGUGACUUUUCAGAAAAAAACAGCACAGUCGAAAGUUUCAACUUCCUAUUUUUGAGGUGAAGCAACUUCAUCAGGAUUUAAAGGUCUGGGGAAAAAAUCACGAAGGAGCUAAAGAGGAGGAAGCUGGAUUAUAAUUUUUUAUAUAUAUAUAUACUGAACCAGUUUGGAACAUUUCACUACAGGACAAACUAUUAUAACUGUGUUUUCUAUAAGUUUGCAAUGACCUCAAGUCAUUAAAUCUCCGCAGUGAUUUCAAAAAACGUUUUAAAAAUAUUUCCUUCUACAUUGAGGUUAUAAUUUCAUACAUUUUUGUUUAAAAAGUGAAAAAUAUUUACAAGCAGAAUCUUUUCUCAUGGAACUCAUAUGCUCCGCUUUUGGAAAUAAGCAAGUCUACACUGUAACUAUACCAUAACUACAGAAGAUAAAAUCAAAAGAGAGUGCUGACACAAUAAAAGCUGGCAGACAAGGACUGACUUUCAAUUCAGCAAAAAAAAUUAUAUAUUUUUAAUAUGCAAGCUAAUGCAUUUAACAGAUUUGUAUUGAAAAAUAGUAAACUGAAGAGGAUAUUUCUAUUUUUAACGUUGGCUUUAAUCCUUAUUGGCUCCUGCUUUCAUUGACAAACAGGCACUUACUGAGAAGGUGUUCCUUUUGAAUGUAUUUUCUAUGGAAUGAAUGUAAUGCUACAAAGCCCAAUAAAUGAGUCAAUAAAGCUAA